AUGAUGAUGAAGAACCUGCGAUGGAUAUGUGUCCAGAAGUUUGAAUCUCAUAAAAAUAGGAUGUUGGAGAAGAGCUCAAAGCCGUUCAAGCGUUUCAUUGAGAUCGGGAGGGUCGCCUUGGUGAACUACGGGAAGGACUAUGGGAAGCUCGUCGUUAUCGUUGAUGUCAUCGACCAUAACAGAGCUCUUGUGGAUGCCCCUGACAUGGUAAGAUGCCAGAUGAACUUUAAGAGGCUGUCACUCACAGAUAUCAAAAUUGACAUCACGAGGACCCCAAAGAAGAAGGCACUGAUUGCGGCGAUGGAGGCUGCAGAUGUUAAGAACAAGUGGGAGAACAGCUCUUGGGGCAGAAAGCUGAUUGUUCAGAAAAGAAGGGCCGCUCUUAAUGAUUUCGAUAGGUUCAAGCUCAUGUUGGCAAAGAUCAAGAGGGCUGGUUUGGUCAGGCAAGAGCUUGCGAAGUUGAAAAAGCAGAGCGCCUAG